GUUCAUCGGAAGUUGCUUUGGCAAAAAGCGUCUGCUAAGUGAAUAAAUGUAAAUUUAUCAGGACUUUUAACUCUGCACAACGCAGUCACAGUGUGACCCAGAAAAGUUGUUCAUCUCAUUGUCAAAUCACCUGAGUUCUUUGGAAGCUCCUCUAUAGGGAAGCGUUGUUUGCAUGUGUGGGUGUAAUUUUCCGUGACGUGCAGUUUAAUUUCUAUGUAAUACACAGGGCUGACCUGCUGGCCACUGACAAGUCUCUUCAUUAAAUUUUGUAGGAAUCUGAGAGCAUUUGGUUUGUAGGGUUGUGUCUACCUAAUUGACACACAAUAUAAAUUGUACCGUAUAUGUUUCGUAUUGACUGCUGUGUGGUGUUUUUACUCCGGCAUGCGGACACCUCCCAUGCUGUGUAUAUGGUGUGGGCUGGUAUGUAAGGAGAGAUGUGUGGUUUUUUUUUUUUUUUUUGAGUUUUGAGAUAACUAGAGAAACUAGAUCCCCGCGGAAAGAGCCGAACCCGGUUUCCAGGUAAUUGGAGGGAGGAAGAGGGUGAUCUGGGGCGAAGAGGUCUUCUGGUUUUAGGACAUAAGCAAGGUGGAGGGAGGACCGCUGAGCUUCACUUGUGAUCAUCGGUGAGCGACAGAGGCAGAAUGUGGAGCAGCAGUUCGGUGGAGUACACGUUUGUGGGUGGGCACAAUCUUUGUACUCUGGAUAUGUAGACUCAGCUGGGCGCAGGUGUUUUCGCCGAGUCCUCGAUGUUAUGGAUGGCGAUGGUUAAUCCGGUCCGAUGAGGGUUGUUCUGCGGAGGCGGAGGAAACCUGUCGUUAUUUCCGUUAUAGCAGAAAAAGGCCUUUCUUUGUUUGGACGUGGAACUGGCCACAGAGCUCUUCUUCCGGCUCCCGGGACGGAAGCGGCUGCCAUCGGCGCACGGUCAGACCCGCAUCACGGGUUCCCCUCCCCUGCAUCUCUGCACUGUGCACACAGCAGCCCCCCGCUGUGGGACCCCACGAAGGACCUGCUCUCCAUCGCUCAGACGUUUCAUUACCUGGAUGUUUCAGGGUGGUACUGGGGGGCUGUGUCGGCCGGCGAGGCCCGCGCCGUGCUGCAGGACACCCAGGAGGGCACCUUCCUGGUGCGGGACAGCAGCCACCCGCUCUACAUGCUGACCCUGUCCGUGAAAACGGGACGCGGCCCCACCAACGUGCGCAUCGAGUACAGCCACGGCCAGUUCCGCCUGGACUCCAGCUCCUUGGCCAAGCCCCGGCUGCUGGCCUUCCCCGACGUGCCUAGCCUGGUGCAGCACUACGUGAAGUCCAACAGGGCGGAGGAGGACACGUCUACCCUGCCGCAGCCCGCGCCCAAGGAGAACGCCCUCCUGCUGAAGCUGGUCCGGCCGCUCCGCCGGCACCCGCCGUGCCCCUCUCUCCAGCACCUCGCCCGCCUUGCCAUCAACCGCCUCACCAUGAGCUCAGAGCAGCUGCCCCUGCCACGCCCACUCUUACAUUACCUGCAGGACUACCCUUUCCAGCUUUGAAGGCUCGCUGCAGUCGGCGUUCACCAUGUACACACACCAUUGCUGUGACCCCGUGGCACUGAUGAUGCUCUGGAACGACUGACCGCUGUCGAAUGGGAACAAUGUGAGGCGGAUACCUGCGCGUAGGGCAGUACCAUCCCGAUACUGUCCGGAACAUUCACGUGGAACAUGUUGCAUUCUGGGAAGUGUAGUCUCGCCCAUAACUGAACGAACAAAGCGCCAUGCUCUUGGGGGCUGGACCGUGGGCGACCUCUUGCUCCCAGUGUGCCAGACCCCUUCGUCUUGAAUGAAUUAUUUUUCAGAUUUUUUUUUUUUUUUUUUUUUCCUUUCAAUUGGUUAGGAUUCAAGUGAUUUUCCAUCCCACCGUGUGGGUGCUUGUAUAUAGUUCUUUAUUUUCUAGUAAAAAUAUAAAAUGAAAUCGAUCAUUUGCUUUCUUCCUCAUUUGCCCAUUCCUGCGUCCAAAUGCAUUAGUGUAGUCUUAUAAUCCGGUGCACGGAGGUGAAACAUAAAUACUGGCGGUAUUGCAACGUGUCUGCAGAUCUGUUUGGCAGAUACUUUUCUCCAGAGUGAAGUACAAUCCAUAGUACGCUGAAUUACCAGCUUUAAUGAUGUCAUAUUUGUUCUGCCUGAAUAAUCAGAGCCAUACAAAAUGAAAAGUACAAAUUGGGUGAUUUAAUAGUUGGGUUAAAUAAAAUGCGUUUCAUGCACCCCCGACUACCCUAUACAAAGCAGGAAAAUACAUGAGUAAACCCACCCACUUCAGAAGACCCACUUUAGAGAAACGCAGUAGCCUCGCCUCUUUCAACUUAUUUUAGUUGAGUUUUGAAGAAUAUUAUGUUAAACGUAAAACAUACAGAAUGGAGAAGUGUUACAGCAUUAAUGCCGAGAGAUGAAGCAGUCAUCUCCUGCCGCGUCCAGUGCUGUGGCACAUCUCAAUCCUUUAGUAUUGAAAUAUAUUUCAACAGUUAACGUGCGAGUUUGUACCGUGCAGUCAGCUGUUGCAAGACAAAAUGCACGAGAAAUGCUGCAGAGAGCCCUGUGGUUUGCCUGCGGUUGCGCGCGGGGCGCUGCAGCUGUACGCCUGGCUGUGUGAGCGGCGCGCGCUGCUAGAGCGCCCUUUCGCUCACUGGUUCACAGGCUAAACACGCAGUUCCCGGAAAGCGCCAGAUACUGGGAGGGACCAUUCCAAGAAAGGCUUCUGUAAUUACCUUCAGCCACACUGCACUCGACUUCCAAGAACCAAACGUUAGAGAGGCUGGGGUGCCAGGCGAAGUCCUAUGGGCGGGCUCUCUCGCUCGCUCUCACACACACACACACACACACACACACACACACACACUCGCACGUACGCACGCACACAGCUGAGAUGGUUAGGAAAUACUCCAGCCCAGAGUUCUUUGGAAAGCUGAGCCUACAUUAAUCGCUGCAGGCGAAACCUAAACAUACCUGCGAGUUUUGUGCAUGACACAAUAAAUGUGAAAAGUGACGUGGGGACCGGGAGGAGGGGGGUGGGAACAAUGUUGUGCUAACAGCCGGAGUACGGCGGUCGAACUCCAGGGAAACGAAGAAA